AUGUCAUUUAAAUUUGGGUUUACAAAUGACGAUUUUAGUGAUGAUGAUAUAAGUGGUGCUGCUGCUAGACACACUGCCGGUGAUACUUUGUUUACUGUACCAAAAUACAAAAAAGCACUAGAUGCUAUAGCACUAGGUGAGAAUAAUAAACCUCGAUUCCAUUCGCUUCAUAGCAUACUAGAGACAUUAAAAAAUUUGCGACUUACAUUCAGCAACCUUGUUACACCAUGCGGUAGCAUUAUCUAUCGACGAGAACUAUUCGAUGUCAAGCAUCAGGUUAUGACCGAAGAAGAAGUAGCGGAUAAUGGAGAUUUGAGGCAAAAAAAACUACGAGAUUUGCUUAUUGAUGAAAAUGUUGCUGAUUUACAGUGUAAUGUUUAUGAAGGAGGAUUCAAGAGUUGGGAGUGUUCAUAUGAUGUGGUUGACAAAUUAGCUAGCCAAGAUCUUGAUUUUUCCAGAAACUUGAGUAUCUUAGAGAUGGGAUGUGGCACAGCAAUACCUAGUUGCUACAUAUUAAUGAAGAUGUUUCAAACCGCUACUACUAAUACAAGUUUAACAUUGAUAUUGUCUGAUUUCAAUUAUGAUGUUUUGCGAUUAGUCACUGUGCCAAAUUUAUUAAUUCACUGGUGCCUGACAUUGCCUAUUGCAAGGUUACGAGAACUAACCACCGAUGAAACAAACACUCGAUUUAGUGAGGAUGAAUUAUUGGUGACAGACAGACUAAUUAGUGAGUUUGAGACUAAAUUGGAGGAGGUUAGUUGCAGUCUUGUUUUUAUUUCGGGACCAUGGAGUCACGAGUAUAAUGCCAUGGUACAAAGUUAUAGGGUGAAUUAUAUAAUUAGCUCGGAAACGAUAUAUUCUCCCGAUUCGUUAGCUGUUGUAGCUGAGUCCAUAAUUGAAAUUUUAUGCCAGUCUCAAGGAUCUCGUGCUUCAGCCAUUGUUGCUGCUAAGAAUAUUUAUUUUGGCGUUGGUGGAUCAGUUAUUGAGUUUUUCAAUUACUUGAAAUCGAUUAAACCUGACUCGGUCACGGUGGAUGUGGAAGAGAUUAACGAUACUCAACUUAAGAGGUCAAUAAUAAAGAUUGCGACACCGAGCGAAGGGACACUAUCGAGCGAAGGGACACUAUCGAGCGAAGCGAGAUAG